AGUAUACCACCCUCCCCCCCCCUCCCACAUCGAGGGGACCAAGGGACCCAAGGGAACAACUGCACUGCUUCUUUUAGCGCGCACGUUGCUGCCCGCCCCAGAAUCAUGUCGACCGGCGGCCUCACACAGCGCUCCGCCUCGCGAGGCUCAUCAUCGGUGCGCUCCGACCUCAAUCAGAAGCCUCCGACCCCAAGCAUCACUCCAGGAAGCGACGAAUUUGCCUUUGAACCUUGCGCUGCCACAGCUUCCUUCCUGCUCUAUGCCCAGCGAAACGUCAUUCUGUGCCUCCACCACGAUACUCUGGCAGUGGAAAGAAGAUUCACCAGGCAUCGCGAGGAUGUAUCAUGGAUUUCCGCCGACACCGUCAGUGACCGCGGUGCAGGCCGAUUGGUAGUGAGCUAUGAUGCAGGAAGCACUGCCAUUGUGUGGGAUCUUCUCACGGGCGAUGAAGUCGCUAGGUUCGCUUCUUACGAGCAAAUCCGCGUUGCUUCGUGGAUGCGAAAUGGCAAUGUUGCGUUUGGAAACGCUCAGGGCAAUGUGAUCCUUUUCGAGCCCUCGACCUCCGAACACAUUGCGGCGAGGACGAUUUUCGAUCCGAUAACUGCUCUUGCCCCUGCCGCUGACUGUAGAACUUUUGCCAUUGGCUAUCUCAAUGGCUCCAUUUUGAUUGCGACGCUUCAGCCAUCUUUUACCAUCCUCCACACACUUACCACGCCAAGAGCCCCUUCCCCCAUAUCUGGGCUUGCGUGGCAUGGAUCGUCCUCCAAGCAGAAAUCGGAAAUGUUAGCCGCUCAGGCUUCUGAUGGUGAUCUUAGGGUAUGGAGUGUUCCUAAAAUCCCCCACGGUGGCGAUGCACCGUGUGUGAUACGCAUCUUGAACAAAUCAGACCAAAGAGAGCCCGGUCCAUGCUGGUUCGCUUGGUCAAAGAACGGCCGUAUCAUCCAAUACACUGAGGGUCAAACUUGUGCCUGGGACGUACGGACUAAAAGGGUAACGUAUGAGCCCGUCCCUACUGUCGAUAAUGUCGCCGCCAUCUGCAACUUCGGACCCACCGCCACCCUCUUCACCAUGAGCCGCAACUAUGGGGUGCAGCAAUACGACCUAAACCCCAACGGCACACCAGCCCUGGUACAGAACAUGCAGCAUCCUCCUGCCAACACUCCACCAUCGCCCCCUCGCUCUCUGGAUGAACACGACAAAAACGGAAAAACUCCUCUAACAGCGUUGCCCUCCAAGAAGGCAACACAUGGUUUGAUUGAAUCUGAAAGCAGUGAAGGUGAAGGUGGCUCUGUGCUCUCUCCUUUGCAGAAGAUUGCUCAAGAGAUGGACCAACUAGAGGAAGAGCGCCGUGAUCAUGUUGGCCCAUUGAGCCCUGUAUCAAGUAGGGGUUCCCAAAGCUCGAGAUCGUCGGGCAGUGGCCGUGGCCCAAGAUAUCGAUUCGAUAAACCGUCGGCCAGCAGCAGGUCCAAAAGCUCAGGAACCACUGUGUUCUCUAACAGCAAUACGUCCUACAUGGGAACCUCGCGCGAGAGUGUCUCCAUCCGAUCGACCUCUUCGACCUCGUCUUCCCGCUAUGGCUCCUCUCAUCUCCGUAAGGAGGUCCUGCGGAGCCCAGAUGAAUCAAAUCGCAUGAAGAACAUGGACCUUUUCCCCUUCACCAAGGCUCGGCUCGGUGACGUUCCAUAUCGUAACACACAACUGGGUCCCGACCGCACACCAGACGACCUUCGCCAGAACAUGCUCCGCGUCGUCUUCGGAUGGGAGAAUGAUAUCGAAGAGUUGAUUCGAGAUGAACUUGCUCGCCACACCCCCGGCUCUGCGGCCGCUGUACUUCUGUCAAAAUGGCUGGGUGACACUGGUGCCGACCUGAUGGCAUCCAUGGUCGGAGCUGAAUCUAUGACUUCGGCUGACUGGAUGUUGCUUGCUUUGAGCUCUAUGGGCCAAGGUACGCAAAAGAAAGUGGGCGAGACUUUUGUUCAACGCCUGUUGGAGAAGGGAGAUAUCCAUCCAGCUGUGGCGAUUCUGCUCGGCUUGGGAGAGCACAAUGACGCUAUCGAAGUAUACGUGUCUUGUAAGUACUACAUGGAAGCUAUCUUGCUUACUUGCCUCAUGUUUCCCACCGACUGGCAAAGACAGUCUUUCCUUGUCAGGAAAUGGGGCGAGUCUGCCGUCUCACACGGCAAAGCGGAACUUGCUGUGAAAUGCUUUUCCUGCAUGGGUCUCGAGUCGUCUGAGCCAUGGUUCUCUCCUCGCGCACAAGAUGCGGUGUUUGUGGCACAGAAGCAACAGCUACUCGGUUCUCAACUUAGUCCUCCACUUUCACCUCCUUCAGGUUCCGGUAGCAGGAUCACCGCCAAAAUGGCUUCCUUGAAGUUGGUUACCGACUUCGGUGCGGGCCCACUUCCUCAGCAGAUGGUUCCCGAAGAUGAUGAACAGACGCCAAUGAAUGUUGGAGCGACUCCCAUUGCUGAAUCUGCCAUGAGCCCAGCAGGCGGAAAGAAUCCUUGGCUCUCGGCCACCACCGCCAGGGCUGCACGCGAUCCGUCUCGUGAACCUUCGUCCGCCAGGACUGCAACACCAGGAGCAUACAGGCGCAAACGGUUCCCUUCACAGUCAGGAGUCGAUCGUUCUGCUACGAAUAACGAAAAUCUCGCCUCUUUGGUUGUCCCUAACCGUGGUCAGCGUGAGCCUUCUGUGCCCCGAACAGCCGUCGACAACAUUGGUCGGGAAGCUGAAACACUUCCUUUCUCUACGCGCCGUGCUGCAUCUACAGGACCCGAACAAAAUGAGUUCCUUCUCAGUGCAUCUACUUACACCCCUGGUUUGUCCAAGGAUCAGCUACCUUCUCCAGCUGCAGGCGUUUUCGAUACUUUGAAGGAGAAAGAGGCCGAAUCUCGCAACAGCUCUCGUAGCCGAAAUCGGCAAGAUCUUCAUUUGCAUAUGAAUGAUAUGAUCAUUGAACAAGGCCCAGACAGCAGCUACAGCAACAACAUCAGCCCACCCUUGACAGGAGCCAGUGUCAAGAGUGCAAAGGCGCGAAGCAUCGAUCAAUAUAUCAGCAGCCUGGGAGAGGCAAGCCACCACGCAAGGAAACGCGCUGAUUCUCGUACGGACGCUCGUCCUGCCGAAGCCCGACCAAGCAGUCGCACAGCCAGGACACGUAGUCGCACUCGCGACCCAUCCGAGUCACGUGGCCGAUCUGGCGCUCGCUACAUUCAACGUGCGAAACGUUCCCCCUCUUCGCCAGUGCCCAUGUCCCCAGAGGAUGCAGGAAUAUAUGCAAAGUCUAGCAAAGAAGCCGCCACCAAUACGGAAACCUAUGAUGAUGAGCGAUACUACAAAGUUGAUGUUGCCUCUCCUAUCGCAACGGAAUCAGUGGGCAGUAGCCGCACCAACCGAAGCCGCGCCAGGGCUGGGUUGGCAAAACCUAGGUCUUCUUCCAAAGCAGCACGUAGGAAUGAAUCACCAGAAGCUGCUCCUCGUGCUCGAAGCCGAGCAACCAGCCGAGCUUCCAGUCGACCUGCUGUAGGAGAUCGUGGGCGCAGUUCAAACAGAGAAGAUGGCUCCAACAAACGCUCGCCUAGAUCUCCUCAGCCAAUGUUCCGAGAUGACGCUCUCACACGCGAGAGCUACGAGCCAGUUCGCCCCCGUGAGCGAAGUACAAGUCGCCGACCACCCGAGCGUGGAACAAGCACCCAACGAGAGCAGUCUCCAGAUCGCCGCUUACCCCGUGAUCGUUCAAUGAGUCGCAAAGCUCAAUCUACUCUGCGAGAAUCCAGUCGCCCACGUGGCAACCUUCGAGAGGGUUCGCUCGACCGUAUGUCAGAAAGGGUCCCAGAGAGCAGACCCGCGUCUCGUCAAUCGGAUGUUUCCGGUCGUUCAGGUAAAUUUUCUCGACCAAUGACCAUGUCCAGAAAAGAGCUUGCUGCCAAAGAACUGGAAGACAGGAGGCUGUCGCUCGCUCGACGCCCUUCGGCUCCCAUGAUUCCCCACCCAGGAGAGCUGGCUCAUCGUCCCAUCAACGAGCGCGCAUACACUGACGGAGACUUCCUUCCUCCGUAUCGUGAUCCUAUCCAGCGCAGUCACACCGCUGAUCCCGAGAUCUCCAAAAAAUACUCGCCAACCAACAGGAACCACGUCGGUGCAACCUCCACUGCAUCCGUUCCAAUCGGACUACCUGCCACGCCACGUGCAAUGCGCCACACUCGAUACAUGAGUGCCGAUCCGAGCGAAAGGGAAGGCAUUCCAGCUGUUCCAUCAAUUCCGAAUAAUCUCUUCACCACACCACAGGUGCCUCAAGAACCUGCUCAAGAUGAGAUUGGCCCGCUCCUACCAGCAACUACCUUUGGCCAACCCCCUCCUCUAGCACGUGCUGCCUCAGCUCCCCCAGAGGAUUUGUCGCCUGCAAACAUGGCGCCACGUAUCUCUCCAACUUAUCCUCUAGGAAGGCGUGGAUCUCUAGGUGGCAAUCGCGGCCACACCCGCCAGAGCAGUUCCCAGGAUCUCUCUUCAAUCAACAACAAACGUGUCAGCCCGCCCCCAAUCACGGCCAGCAUUGCCGAAACCAUCCACGAAAGCCAAGUUGUCAUCCUGGAACAGGACACUGCCCCUCCAGUCCUCGCCGAGCUCCAGCAUCUCGCAGGUCCUCCACCACCUCCACCCGUCAACACCAGCCCGAAGAGCAGCGUGGGCAUGAUCAAUAUCGCCAUCGAGGAAAGCGCAGCGGAUAAAUCUCACGGAGCCACAUCGCCCGUCGCGGGCCCCUCAGCCGCCUCCUCCCCAAUUUCCCACCGUCGCGGCCGAGGAAGCGUCAGUGAGAACAUCGGAUUAACAUUCAAGCGUGUCACAGAGCGCAUGCGCAGCAACAGCCGCUCUCGCAACAAAUCCCCUCCCAUCUCCCCACCUCAGAUCCCAGCCUAUGAAAGCUUCACUGAGUUCGCGUUCCCACGCAACAACAGCAGUAACCACGCCAUGUCCCCCGUCGAAGGCCACGGAGGUGUCGAGCAGUUCAGCAACAUGUCGCCGCCCCCUCCCCCACCUCCCCCUGUUCAACCUAUGGAGCAAGUCGUUUCUCCAACCGAGGAGGCGAAGAACCCGCAGUUCUACAAGCACCCUCGAGAGGUUCGGGCUAAUUUGCCUCCGGCUAUGCUUCAGGCCGGUGUGUAUGAAGGUCCCAUGAUUUAG